AUGGAAAAGUCCCAUCUAUUCCCCUUGUCGGAAUCAACACAAUCGCCCUCAACAUGGGGCGACACCAUCACACCACAGGUGACCGGUCGCUCCUACUCGAGACCGAAGCGACUACGAGAGCCGUGGCGGCAUUCGGUUUCGAAACAGACGAGCGAGACGGUCUCUCAUACCAUCAGGGAAUUCAAACCCGUCCGCCAAAGACGUAGGCUGUUUGUUGAGGGGAUCUUGCAGUGGCUGAUCACCCUGGUCCUCUCCGGCCUGUUGGCAGCAUGCCUGGCUGGUUUUGGACGACUACUAUGGAUGACAGUCGCUCAGAUCAAGGCUUUCAACGCGCUCAUAGUGUUGCUGUCCGUCUUCCUCGGCAACAACCUGUCCAGUUCUCUUCGAGAAUAUGCCCUUAUGCUGAGGUGGAGGAUGUUGGCGGCGAAGUACCGACCACUGGACGAAUUCGAUCUGAUCAUACACUGCGACAGCCUGCGAAAAGUAAUGAAGCUGUUUUGGAUUGCCAGGACUAGGGAUCGACUAUGGUUCUAUCUCAACAAGACACAGUGGCUUUGCGCUUUAUGGCUUGGGGUCAACGUGCUGGUGCAGGUUCUAGUGGCUCUGCUCGGAUUGACUUACAACCUCACCACCUCGAAAGUCCCGGCGGAGAAGUUCGGCCAGGUCAGCGUUGCCAAUUUGACCCUCAUCCGUGACAUCUGGGGCGCCGAAAAUCCCACGUUUGAUGCCCAACUAGGCUCUGCCAACUCCUAUGGCAUCCAGGGCCAGGAUUACUCCUUCGUGAAUGCCACACCACCAGGGCAAGGGACCGUGCCUCGAUACGGAACGCUAGGCACGCCCACAAUAUACGCGAACGAGGAUUGGACGCAGAUGACCUAUGUCUUUCAAGACUUGAACAUCUGGAAUCCAGAUCUGAGCUUGAUCUCGCACCGGAACAUCACCACGACAGCCACAUGCGAAUCCUUGGAAGUCCUCGAAGGCGGGAACGGCACUGACAGCUAUAUCACCUACCUCGACAGAAAUGGUGAGCGGAAUACUCUGGACGUUGUCCGCGUAGGGCCUGGCGCCACUACAUAUGUUGGUGUUCUCAACUCAACAUGUGGUCCCCGUUGUACACAAGUGAUGGCAUUACAGAGCGCCAACGGCGGCACUAUUCCCAGGCCGUCUUUCUACCGCUGCGAAAACACAAUCUCAAUUGUUCAUAGUAUCGAGCGGUACCUCUACGACGGCCAAACAGCGGACACGUUCCAGAUGCCGGACACCGAAGCGCGAAUCAUUGCUGGUGCCAUCGGCUGGACAGGGUUCAAUUACACUCCAGGCGACCUAUACCAAUAUUCCCGAUACGCACCAGAAUCGUGGUGGAGCCCCGACAGCCCAGCCGAUGUGGGCGUCAUUGCCCGUCGAGUCAUGGAGUUCAGCAUCGAGGCGGUCGCCGCGAUCGAUUCCAACGGACCUCGCCUGACCGUCAGCGGCUGGUACCCAGUGCCUGCGCAGGUGGUGCAGGUCCAAUGGCGAUGGUCCGCCGCGAUCCUCGGCAGCAUCCCCGCCAUCCAACUCGUCGCUUUGAUCUGUGUCAUUGCAUGGGGCAACUCGGCCAUCAUCCGCGACGGGAGUUGUCUGAGCACGGCGCGGCUUUUGCGGCCUGUUGUCGAGAGACUAGGCAACAGGGGUUGCCUGCUAACUGGCCAGGAGAUUGCUGAAGAGCUGGCCCAUGCCAAAGUCCGAUACGGUUGGCGCGAACCGGUGUCGGAUCUCACUUUCAGGAACGAAAUUGAUCCGCAUAUCGUGCGCCAUGUCGAUAUUCUGGACGAAAGUGAAGGGUUGGGCGAUCAAGGCGCCAUGCCGCCGGGGUUGUACGAUGGCAUAGAGUCAGAUGAUGAGCACCUAGAUGGAGAUGAGACCACGAGGCUGUUACAUCGCCAGCGUAGGAGGAGACGUAGGAGUAUGUAA